CGGCUCUCUAAGUGUUAGUACGCUUUAACGCCGUGAACUUUAUCGUGUUACGGUUUACUCAACAGCAGUCAACGGCUCGCUUCCAUACGUUUUACGACGAAUCUCUGUUAGAUUUUUUCUGAUUAUCGAUCAAGAUAUAUAACGUUAAUAACAGUGUUUUUCUUUUUCGGCAGCGAGCAGAGGACAAAUCGAGCAUAUAUUUCCAGCAUACAAUUUGUAAUAUCAGUUGACGAGAUCGAGGCAGAAUGUUCCUGACGCGCUGUUCCGUCGUUUCGCGGCAUCUCGUGAAUUGCGCCGGCAAAAUCGGCGCAUGCCGCGCGUCGAGCUACUUCAAAAUUGACGAGAGCAUUUUCGGACUAAGCGACGAACAGAAAGAGCUUCGCUCGCUCGUUUUCAAUUUCGUGCAAAAGGAGCUGGCGCCCAAAGCCGCAGAGAUCGACAAGAAAAACAAUUUCGACGAAUUAAGGACAUUUUGGAAACAAUUAGGUUCAUUGGGUCUGUUAGGACCGACAGCUAAAGAGGAUUACGGAGGCACGGGCGGCACAUAUCUUGAUAACAUAAUUAUCAUGGAGGAAAUUAGUAGAGCCUCGGGUGCCAUCGGACUCAGUUACGGUGCACACACAAACCUGUGUGUCAACCAAAUUCAUCGAAACGGUUCGGAGGAACAGAAGCGCAAAUACUUGCCUAAGUUAUGCAGUGGCGAACACAUCGGUGCGUUGGCGAUGUCGGAAACGGGUUCCGGAUCGGACGUCGUAUCUAUGAAGCUGCGGGCCGAGAAGAAGGGCGACUACUACGUAUUGAACGGCAACAAGUUCUGGAUCACCAACGGUCCGGACGCGGACACGUUGAUAGUCUACGCAAGAACGGAUCCAAAUGUGGCCAAGCCGCAACACGGUAUCACCGCCUUCAUCGUCGAGCGCGGCUUCGAGGGCUUCAGCACGGCACCGAAACUGGACAAGCUCGGCAUUCGCGGCUCCAACACAAGCGAACUCAUUUUUGAGAACUGCAAAGUGCCGGCCGCGAACGUUCUGGGGGAAAUCAAUAAAGGUAUCUAUGUGCUCUUCAGUGGUCUUGAUUUAGAACGUUUAGUAUUGGCAAGUGGACCCCUGGGACUUCUGCAAGCUUGUUGCGACGUCGCCUUUGAAUACGCUCAUACGAGAAAACAAUUCGGCCAAAAUCUUGCGGAAUUUCAAUUGAUUCAAGGCAAGAUAGCUGACAUGUACACGGCUCUGAGCUCGAGCAGGAGUUACUUGUACUCUGUCGCGAGGGCCUGCGACGCCGGUCACGUAAAUCGCAAAGAUUGCGCCGCGGUGAUCAUGUAUAUCUCCGAGAACGCAACGAAAGCGGCGUUGGAUGCCAUACAGAUAUUAGGUGGCAAUGGAUACACCAAUGAUUACGCGACGGGGAGGCUGCUGCGAGACGCUAAGCUCUACGAAAUCGGCGCGGGCACCUCUGAGAUAAGACGUAUAGUCAUCAGCCGAGCGAUUUCGGAGGAAUAUCUGUGAAACAAUGAAUCCCGUCGUCACAAUUUGAUGUCUACAAUCAUAUACACGUAACGUGACAUGUAAAUUUGUGAAUUCGAUUUGAACGACUGAUAGUUCAGAAGACGAUAAUUAUGACUUGUCGCUCGAACUGCCGUCGUAUUUUAAUGACGAAUUAUUCGCGCAGUUAUUUGUAACAUAUGUUAAUCAUUAAGUUUUAGAUGUUCUUUUAAAAGAGAUUUUUAUUGUUACUCCAGAGAAGGCAAGACGGUUUUUAUAUUAAAUAUGUUUUAUACAUGAAAAAAAGACGCUGCUGUCAUUUCCACGAACUCGCAAAUGUACAUAUCUAUAAUG